AUGCAUAACAGGCUAAGUAAAAAAGUGCUCAUGUCCAUUGCCGAGAAAUACUUAAACAUGGCUAUUCCACCAGGCUCCGGUAUAGUGAGGGGUCAGACCAUACGUGUGCUCAACAAAUAUGUGGACCAAUAUCUGGCCAUCCCUUACGCCGAGGCACCGAUCGGUGAGCGACGGUUUGCCAAACCUGUGCCCAUUUCAACGCCCAAACGGGAAAUAAUAGAUGCGACCAAACCGGGUAAUUCGUGUCAACAGCCACCUGUCCCACAAUAUGGUCACUUUUUCAGCGGACUGAAUAUGAACGAGGACUGUUUAGUGUUAAACAUAUGGGCACCAUACAGGCAACAGCAAACCGAGAAUGAGCAUGAUAAAACAUUAAAGCCG